UCACCCACUGUUUUGUUCUCUUUGGUUUUUUCUCUUUAUACUUGUUUUGUUGGGUAGAGUAUUUUUCUUGUUAUUAAAUACCUACCAGCCGGCUUCUUAAUUCCUAUUUUCUCUGUAAUCGAAUAUCGAAUUUCAUAAUUUCUAUUUCUUUCUUGAACCCAUUAACAUGCUGAAUUAGAAUUGUAUCAAAUUCAAUGAAAAGCUGUUUCAACUGAUCCAUUGAUCAGUUGUGUAGGAGUAGAAGAUGGCGACAUUAAUUGCGAAACAAGGACCAUUGAGCAGUCAGAACGCCCCAAGAAUGAGAAAUCCGUCUAAGGUUUUUAGGAAGAGAAAUUUUGUCCUAAAUCGUGAUGAAGAAAAACACGGAAAGGACAAUGCAGCAUCGCUGCUCAACGUUACAGAGUUCCCUAAUAAGAAACCAAAGCAUUGUUCCGAUACUGUCGUCCGCCGUGGCAGAAGAACUAUGGCAGAGAAAGUUGGUGUUGUAAUCAGGAAAGGGGUUCCGGAGGAUGCACGUUUAUCAGGUGGAUUGGGAGAGAGAAUAAAAACAGCGCAAAAGCCAAAGAAGAACAUGAUCACAUCGCAUCAGAGGACCAAGACAAUAGCUACUGGAAAGGAAUCUGAUGACUCGCGUAGUAGAAUGCAUCAUCGUUCAGCAAAAAAGAAGGAACCAAGUUUUUUAAGUUGGGAUGACUUCAUCAGUGAUGAUGAAGAAGAGGAGGAGUGCAAAGAGGAAGAAGAUAAAGAGUAUUGUCCAGGACGCUUAACGAAAUCUCAGAUGCCACUUUAUGAAGAGUAUUGUCCAGAACCCUUAACGAAAUCUCAGAUGUCACUUGAUGAAGAGUAUUGUCCAGGACCCUUAACGAAAUCUCAGAUGCCACUUGAUGAAGCUUUGAAUAGUUUAAGAAACUCGGAAAAGCUUUGGAGAACUUCCAAGCAGGAAAAAGUUCUUAAAAAUGGACCUAUGAGAAAUAAAAGGAAUGAUAAAGUGAAAGACGAGCCUCUCGAGUGCAGGGACAGACUUAAACUUUCUACCUCCACAAAAAGCAUUCUUCUAAGUGGAAAUCCGCAGAGGAAAGGGAUGCCGGAUAAAGUAAAUCUGCAACAAUCUCUAGGAACUUCAAGCAAGAAGAUGACUCAAAAAGGAGAUAAUACAAUGAACAAGGUGGAAUAUGGAACUGAAGAAAAAUGGGGCGCGUGCAAGAAAAAACCAAGCUUGUCCAAGGUUGGAAAGAAAAUGCCAGGGACUCAAGAAAUUGAAGGCUCAGGGAAUAAAAGGGUGCCUGCUAAAUUAAAUGGAGAAAAAUGUCUAGGAACGUCAAGCAAGAUGAAGAUUCCUAAAACAAUGGACAAGGUGGAUGAAAGUGAAGACAAGUGGGAUGUGUGCAAGGAAAAGCCAAGUCUGUCCAAGGAUGGAAUAAAGACGCAGGAAAUUCAUGAAAAAGAUGCAGAGAAUAAAAGGAUAUCAGUAAGACGUGUUGCUGCCUCAUUCAAGAGAUACGGUCAUGAUUAUUAUGUUGGUGAGUGGGAAGAUGAUACUGAGGGGUAUGAGCUUUUGAUAAGCAAUGGACAUCAUAUACCAAGCAAUACAAGAAGCCAGAGAAUUGAUGUUUCACAUGAUCUGAAACCAAAUAAUAGUCCAAAAGAUAUAAUAAAAAAUUCAGCAAAGUUGUCUGCUUGUAGUUCAUCGCCUUCCUCCUCGUCGUCCUCUGGUUCAACAAUUUCAAGAAGUGGAAUAGAUAGAUCUACAAACAUGAAGGUAAAUUUUCAGCCUUCAAAGUGUCAUCAAUGCAGAAGAAGUGAUAGAAGAACUGUUGUUCCUUGUAUGAAGUGUAAGGAGAAAUUAUACUGUAUCCAGUGCAUCAGGGAAUGGUAUCCUGAAUUGGAAGAAGAAGAAGUUUCAGAGGUUUGUCCAUAUUGUCGUGGAAAAUGUAAUUGCAACCUGUGCUUACACUCAAGUGGCACACUUAAGACAUCAAGAAGGGAUCUCACUGAUCGUGAAAAGAUUGAGCAUUUGCACUAUUUGAUUAUCGAACUCCUCCCCUUUCUGAAAGAAAUUCAUCAGGAGCAAAUCCAGGAGAUAGAGAUGGAGUCUUCUAUUCGUGGGGUAUCUUCAUCUUCAGUUGAAAUUCAACAGUCACUUUAUCAAAAUGAUGAGCGAGUUUACUGCAACAACUGCUCAACUUCAAUAAUUGAUCUUCAUCGAAGUUGCCCAAAUUGCUCAUAUGAGCUCUGUCUAAGUUGCUGCCAAGAGCUGCGGGAAGGCAAAUUUCCGGGAAAUAGUGAUGAAGCAGUUUUCCAGUAUUUAGACAGAGGCUAUGAUUACAUGCACGGUGGAGAUCCACUGCAUGAAAAUUUUCAUAAUAUGGAAAUUUCACAGGACCAGAAAAAACCAAUUACUUGGGUUGCUAAUUAUGAUGGUAAUAUCAUGUGUGCUCCUGUAGAAAUGGGUGGAUGUGGAAAUUGUAUUUUAGACCUGAAGCAUCUGUUGCCGAAAAAAUGGAUCUCAACUUUGCAAGCAAAAGCGGAAAGAAUUCUGAUCCAAUGCAAUUUUGCCCAGAUAAUUUCUCAGCCAAUUUGCACAACUGAUGACCCUGAACUGUUACACAAAGCGGCUUCUAGGGUUGGUUCAGAUGAUAACUGCUUGUAUUCCCCUACUGCAAAGGACGCUAUGAAGGAUGAUGCACUUUUACACUUUCGCAGACACUGGGCCAAGGGUGAACCGGUGAUAGUACGAGAUGUUCUUGAGCACACAAGCGGUUUAAGCUGGGAACCAAUGGUUAUGUGGCGUGCAUUAUGUGAGAGCACUGAUUCAAAGAUCCUUACAAGUAUGUCAGAAGUAAAGGCUAUCGACUGCCUGGCUGGUUGUCAGGUUGAGAUCAAUACUCGAAAGUUUUUUAAAGGCUAUACAGAGGGCAGAACAUACAAAAAUCUCUGGCCUGAAAUGCUCAAACUUAAAGACUGGCCGCCAUCUGACAAGUUUGAGGAUCUCUUGCCUCGCCACUGUGAUGAGUUUAUCAGUGCUUUGCCAUUCCAGGAGUACACAGAUCCAAGGAUCGGUAUUCUGAAUCUUGCCGUUAAAUUACCAACAGGUGUCUUAAAACCUGACUUGGGUCCAAAGACAUACAUUGCGUAUGGUAUGACGAAAGAACUUGGAAGAGGGGAUUCGGUGACAAAGCUUCACUGCGAUAUGUCAGAUGCGAUAAAUAUUUUGACACAUACAGCAGAGAUGGCUGUAAGUGAUGAGCAGCAGUCUGCAAUUGAGAGAGUGAAACAGAAGCAUAGAGCUCAAGAUGAAAGAGAGUGCCUCGAGCAUGAUGGCAACGAAUAUCCUAUGAAGAUAUCUAGUGGGAUCGGAAGGGAGGAGAAAACACCUGAGACAACUGGAGGUGCCUUGUGGGACAUCUUCAGAAGGGAAGACGUAACCAAGUUGAAGGAGUAUCUUUUAAAGCACGCAAAGGAAUUUAGGCACACUUACUGUUGUCCUGUUGAUCAGGUUUUUCACCCGAUCCAUGAUCAAACUUUCUACUUAACUUUGGAGCACAAGCAAAAGCUUAAGGAAGAAUUUGGGAUUGAGCCUUGGACCUUUGAGCAAAGACUCGGAGAGGCAGUUUUCAUUCCUGCAGGAUGCCCUCACCAAGUGCGUAAUCUCAAGUCGUGUACCAAAGUUGCUGCCGAUUUUGUUUCUCCUGAAAACAUUCAAGAAUGCCUCCGCCUCACAGCUGAGUUUAGGAAAUUGCCAAGAGGCCACAAGGUCAGAGAAGACAAACUAGAGAUAAAGAAAAUGAUUAUUCAUGCAAUCAACCAAGUUGUCACAGAUUUGGAGCAGCUUACUUACAUAGUUUAGAGAAUUAGCAGUAUAAACUUUUGCUUAACAAUUUUCUUUAGCAGCAGUAGCAAUCUGUCAACAGUUGGUAUUGCUGCUGCUAAUGGCCUCGAGUGUUCUUUUGGCUGUUAGGCCAUGGACAAUUGUGAUACACAUUUCUUGCAGCUUAGGUCCUCUUCACCAUUGUUGCAUACUUGCAUGUAGAAGAUAAAUGUUAAAGGGACAUUCUUUUUUCUAUCAAACUCCUGCAAUAAAGGCAGCUUCUCCGGAAUAGUGAAGGCCAGCGUAGUAUAACCAAUUUUUUAAACCUGUAUAUAACUGUUUUAUGGAAUAUAAUAUGAAAUUUCAUGCAAA